GAGGCUGGAGCUCGGUCCCCACCUGAGGAUGAGGCAGGGGGUCACCACCCUAGCCCUGGGCGCUCGGCUUGGCGCCAGGUACGCGGCUGGGCUCCGCCCCGCUGUACCUGCCCAGCCCCGGAGGGCGGGGGCCGCCAAAUUUCGCCCCUCCCCGCACCCUGGGAGCCAGUCCGGGGAGGCGGCGCGGAAGGGAGGGCUGCGGGCCAGACGAGCUGCGUGAGGGGUUCCGGGGACUGCCGGAUGUGGGCUGCUUUUGGGGACGGCGCCCUCUGGCCACCUCCAAGGAGCUCAGUUUUGGCCGGGGCCGGGCUUGAACCCGCUACCCCCGGCAUAUGGGGCCGGCGCCCUAAUCCUUGAGCCACAGGCGCCGCCCCCGCCUCCCAGCUUUUGCUGCUCCAGGCACCAUCAUCCCUUAUCAGUCGGGCCAGCCUUCCUCACAUGUUCUACUCAAACGGGCACUUCCUAUGUUCUCAGGGGUCUGCCUUUCACAGAGGUCCUGCUGAGAACCGGGUGGGUGGAAUAGAGUUCUAUUUUAUUGCACCUUACAUAUUGGGAGAGGAGAUUCCCAGAGCCAUGUGGCUGGCCAGACACCGGCAGCUCUGUCUGGCCUUCCUGCUAGUCUGUGUCCUCUCAGCAAUUUCGUUCCUCCAUUUCUAUCAAGACAUCUUUCGACAUGUCCUAGACCUGUCCAUUCUGUGUCCAGACCGCCACCUGAUGACAGCUCCAGUGGCCAUCUUCUGCUUGCAAGGUACACCACUGGACCCUGACACCUCCACUUCCUGUCCCCAGCAACCUGCUUCCCUUUCAGGAACCUGGACUAUCUACCCAGACGGCCGGUUUGGUAACCAGAUGGGGCAGUAUGCCACCCUGCUUGCCCUAGCCCAGCUCAAUGGCCGCCCAGCCUUCAUCCUGCCGGCCAUGCAUGCCACCCUGGCUCCUGUGUUCCGUAUCACCCUGCCUGUGCUAUCACCAGAAGUGGACAGCCACACACCUUGGCAGGAGCUGCAGCUGCAUGACUGGAUGUCAGAGGAGUAUGCCCACUUGAGUGAUCCCUUCCUGAAGCUUUCUGGCUUCCCCUGCUCUUGGACUUUCUUCCACCAUCUCCGAGAACAGAUCCGCAGGGAGUUCACCCUGCACGACCACCUUCGGGAAAAGGCUCAGAGUUUACUGAGUCAGCUCCAUCUGGGCCUCACUGGGGACCGGCCGAGAACCUUCGUGGGUGUCCACGUGCGCCGUGGGGACUAUCUGCAGGUUAUGCCCCAGCGCUGGAGGGGUGUGGUGGGUGACCAAGCCUACCUCCAGCAGGCCAUGGACUGGUUCAGGGCACGGUAUGAAGCCCCUAUUUUUGUGGUCACUAGCAAUGGCAUGGAGUGGUGCCGGGAAAACAUUGACACCUCCCGGGGUGAUGUGUUCUUUGCUGGCAAUGGGCAGGAAGGUGCACCAGGGCAGGACUUUGCAUUGCUCACACAAUGCAACCACACCAUCAUGACCAUAGGCACCUUUGGCUUCUGGGCUGCCUACCUGGCAGGUGGAGAUACUGUCUAUCUGGCCAACUUCACCCUGCCAGACUCUGAGUUCCUGAAGAUUUUUAAACCUGAGGCUGCCUUCCUGCCUGAAUGGGUGGGCAUUAAUGCAGACUUGUCUCAACUGUAGACAUUUGCAGGACCUUGAGAACCGGAAAAACAUCCUAGAAUAGCCUGAGCAUUCCAGAGCCUCCAGAGGCCCAGCACCUUCUGGAGAAGUUUGUAGUGGUCUUGGGGCAGGUGGGUACCCAUUUCCAGAGUGAUUAUCUAGUUGGGCAGACUAGGAGAGAAGGGGAAGCUUUCUGGAACUGCCUGAACAUCCUAGAUGCAGCAGAAUAUCUUUGCCUGAUAGCUGACAAUACCUGGAGAAGCUCUUGGCAGUUCUAGAAGCUACAGUGCCUACCUGCUCUUCCCAGCCCAUAUUUAGAAUACUUCUAGAUGGCAGCCCUCAGGAACAAGGAAUCCUUCCUCCAGUGUCUUAUCAUCCUAAUCUUUCUAGAAGAGGUGUUAUUUCCUCCCUGGGUCCUCAGAAGCCUGAAGGAACUCAUGGUGGGUAUAGAGCAAGUACUAACCAUCUCUUCUGUGUCACUGGAGUGAUUUUAGGGGGAGAUUUGUUUUAGAGAGGGCUAGAUCUAACACCUGUGAAGAACCCUGCAGGACCCUAUCAGAGGGGAUGGGGUUCUGGAAUUCCGGAAAACUUAUGUAAAGAAUCUAAUGAAUGUACAACCAGAAGCUCAACACCCCACCAUUGCCAGGAAGAUUGAGAGAAGACUCUUUAGCUGGCCAACAUCUUGCUAUGCUCAUAGGCUCUGGAAUAGCUGGGGUAGUUGGUGAGCAGAGUGGAACUCUAACUCCUCAGCCCCUAAGAAUGUCUCAAGGACUUUUUUGGGAGGGGGAGGGAGGUAGUGGACAGGCAAGGAUGUGGAAGUGGAGAGAGUGGUAGCUGCAGAAAUGCUGCAGCUUCUGCAGCAGAACUUUUCAGAGAUCCACAAUUUUUUUUUUUUAAGCUGAAAAACUUCCUUUAUUUUAUUUUAUUUUUUUUUAGAGACUGAGUCUCACUCUGUCACCUUCGGAAGAGUGCUGUGGCAUCACAGCUCACAGCAACCUUAAACUCUUGGGCCCAAGCAAUUCUCCUGCCUCAGCCUCCUAAGUAGCUGGGACUAUAGGGGCUUGCCACAACACCCAGCUGUUUUUUUUUGUUGUUGUUGUUGCAGUUUGGCCUGGGCCAGGUUCGAACCCGCCACCCUCAGUAUAUGGGGCCGGCGCCCUACUCACUGAACCACAGGCACCACCCUAAGCUCAAAAACUUCCAAAGACAGAAACUACAUAUGUUAAAUCCAAGUUCAGGUUGCCUCUCAGAAUUAAGGAAACUGAUCCUAUGCAGGUGGGCUGCUGGGAGUCUGGGAUCUGUUUCUUGGGAAGUCUGCAGGCAUAAACAUACCUUCAUGGGCUUGCAUAAAGCCGGGAGGCAUUAUGCUCCUUGCCAGCCAUUGUCUGCUUCCAAACUCACAGAAUCACUAAAUGUGGCUUUGGCAGAUCUGGGAUAAGAGGAUGCAGCCUCAAACCCAGGCAGGAGGACUGGGUCUGGCCAAGCAGGACAGAAUUCUUUUUUUUUUUUUUUUUGUAUAGACAGAGUUUCACUUUAUCGCCCUUAGUAGAGUGCCAUGGCAUCACAUUGUUCACAGCAACCUCCAGCUCUUGGGCUUAGGCGGUUCCCUUGCCUCAGCCUCCCGAGUACGAGUAGCUGGAACUACAGGCACCCGCCACAACGCCCUGCUAUUUUUUUUGUUGCAGUUUGGUCGGGGGCGGGUUUGAACCUGCUACCCUGGGUAUAUGGGCCAGUGCCCUACCCACUGAGCCACAGGCACCGCCCAGGACAGAAUUCUUGAUGCAGAUUGCAGGAACCCCUUGCUAUCUGUGAAGGGUGAAGGAAGAUACCUUUAAUACAAUCAAGUCUGAUCAUAUCCCCCAUCCACGCAUCAAAGAACCCAAGUCUCUAUUUUUUUGGAACGUUUCAAAUGUACUUUAUUUCUUCAAUAAUGCUAUAUUUUAAUGAGUACACAGUGCUUUUACUUGACAUCGAUUAUAAGUUGGUUCUGAAACAAUUCAGUAUUACACCAGCUGGGAUGAUUACUGAUCUCUCCUCAUUCCUUUGGGGUGACUCUGCCAACAGGGGACAGAUUCCAUUCUAUUCCGAUUUCUGUCACUGCAUAUGUCCAUACAGCAAUGCAGAAAGUUGCUCCACGAGCUAAUACAGCACUACCAUAUUUAUUAUGAAAAUCAGGUGUUCAUUUCUGGUGGCCCUUGCCAUUGUUUGCUGAAUGUUUCGAACUUGGAGACUACUUAGUGCGUUCUUGGCCAUCAUGAAAUUGAAAAUGGAACUGCAGCAUCUUCAGGUGCUGCUUUGGUGCAAAUGGACUUCAGGUCCCAAGUCUCUAUUCUUCUCAGGGAGUUUCAGGGCACUGUUCCCAACUCACCCACCACAGGUAGGAGAGUGGGAGGUGUGAAUUAAAAGUCCACAUCAUCAACCCAUCUCUGCAGCUUUUUUGGAGGUGUGUGCAUGUGUGUGCGUAUGUAAGAGGGAAAGCUGGGCAGCUUCCAAGGACUUUCAUUAUUUGUAAUAUCUUAGGGUGUUGUCCUUUCUCAGAUCUGGCAGUCCCUUGUUGCUAGACUUGUGUGAGCUGUGGUCCCUGUUCUGGUUCCAUUUCAACCACACAGAAAAGGAGACCCUCCAAGAUCCAAAUGUCUGAGCCCCUCUGGGACCCUCAGUAUUAGCCCUCAGCCUUUUCUUCUUACAGGGGUCUCCGGGUCCAGAUCCAUAACCUGGGGAGAGAAGGUGGAGACGGGGGUGACUGACUAGUGUAAACCUUGAGCUACAUUUCCCACAAAGCUAAGGGAUUGGUGGCGCUAAUCUGCUACGAAGAAAGAGCCCAUUGGCCUUCUGGGAAUCGUAGUCCUGGGGUUAAAACAUCUGCUUCCCGCGUCUCUGGCUCCACGCCAGUUUCCAAAGGUCCGGGAGUCUUCUAGCCGAAAGCCUCGAUCCUGGGGCCAUGGGAAGGAUGGAAGUUAAACGCCGGAAGCCGAGUGCCUGGCUCUGGUAGCCGGAGCACACAGGUGAUUGUGCCCCUUCAGUAGGUACUGGGAAAGUUCUAGUGAAUCUAGUCUGAAAAGGUGGCAACCUCUGUGACGUUUGAGGAUGAUGGGCGGAGCCUCCCUUUGUUGCAGUCCAAUCCCACUCAGAUUUGAGCUUCUGGGCGGGGCCAAGGAAAACCCCAGCGACUAUCUCAGGAAAUUAGGACCCUCACGCGGGAAGCUCUGGAAGAGGGAGGCUACUGGAGCUUUCUUGUAGCAAGGGGACCUUCCAUGACUCAGACCACAGUGGAAAACUCUACUCCACGCAACCAACCCCAGUCUCGCCCCAAACAAAAUCUGUAAUUUUAGCCGUGGGAAAAAUAUUAGAGGACCCCAGCUUCCUCUUUAAAAGCUCUCGGAACCUGGACUGGGCUCCUCAACGAACCAUAGUUGUGUGAGGGCGCCACAUUAAGUUAGGGGUCAAGGUCCGGGAACAGUUGUUUAGGGUGCAUGGCUAUUCAGGGUGCACGGGCGCUCCUGUUUCCUAAGAAGGGUGUGCCCUGCAAAUUGAGAGCCCAUUAGUCUUGGGGAAGGGUAUACAAGGGUGGCAUGAAAUCUGGCAAAAGUGUAGGGUCCCUAGAUUUGGGGAUUCCGGGUGUGUUUGGGUUUUGAGAGAGUUCUGAGUUUGAUGAUAUCCCAAUUGGCUCUGUAUGGAAUAGUUUAUUUGGUUUGGACAAUUGAGUUUUCAGUUUGAAGUGCAACAGGUUUUAGGAGCUGGGCUGGGGUGGGGGCGACGGGAAUUCCUCUGUUUAUAUACUUAAGGUUUGAAGUUGGGAAUCACAUCAGUUUGGGGAACUGGCAAUCCCAUAGUUUGGAAAGGGGUGUGUGGGGUGCAGAGUUUCAGGUCCUAAUUUGGGGACUGGCCAGUGCCUCUUUUUUAAUGGUUUGCUUAUUUCUCAGUUGGAAUGCAACGAGGACUCCGAAUUGGGAGUUACCUGGAGUGGGGAUUCAGUUUUAUACUUUGGAGGCAUUUGAUGAAGGAUAUAUUUGGAGAUUUCCUGAAGAUCCUCAUUAGUCAUUUUGGGACCUGGUGGGUGGGGGGGUCUAGUGGGGCUGUCUGAGAUGAGCUUUGGCUUCUCUUUGUUUAGAGU